AUGGCGAAGAAGAGGAAGGCCGAAGACCCCAACGCCCCGCCCAAGCCCAAGUGGACGCCUCCCAAGGAUGACCCCAUGUGGCAGGACUACAUGAAAGACUGCCUCUACGAUGGCUACGAGAUGAACCGCGCCACUUUGCCUCAGCUCCUGCCCUCCAAGUUACCGUGGCCGUUCAAGCCGUGUCCUGACCGCUCAAAGCUCUCUAAGAACGCCGAGGCAGCUCUUGUCCGCGCUAUUGGUGUCUUCGAGAAUCGCCUGAGCGCCGUGGAGAACGCUCUGCCCAUCAGGGAGCUCGUCAAGGCUGAAGAGCGAGAGCUGGACGCCUUUGAGUGCCGCCACAGAACUCAUUGGAGACCUGUCUACAAAUUUUACUCCGACGAUGCGUACAAGCCCCUGCUCGAUUUCCACCUGCCCGCAGCCGCCUUCAAGGUUUUCGAGUCCAUCGUUUCUCAGUGGCCCGGCUGCAACGCACGACGCUGCGACGCGCUGACCGAUGCGGAGAAGAAGGAUCUUGGUUUCAAAUGCAAGACCCCAAUCUGCUUUACCGAGGCCGCUAUCAGCCGCGAAGCUUGCGAAGCCUUCAUCGAUGGCCGAGUCGAGAAGCCCACCGAAUCUCAGCUCACUGCGAAGAAACACUUUGAAGAGAAGGUCAGGAUCGAGGGCCCGCCCAAGGGUUUCAACCUUUUCAGAGUUUGCAUCCCGAACGACGUCUCCAGGGACAACUGCCCCAGGAAGCCGGAGCCGAUUCCGGAUAUUUACGGCGAUAUCAUCCACAAAGUCUACCCUGUCGCUGAUGGUUCAGGGGACUCGAGCUCGGACUCGGCAACCGAACUGUGA